AAAGAUACGCAAGUUACUCAUUUGAUCGUAAUCGUUUUAGUGCACUUUAUAAGAAAAUUUUGGCGUGUUUACUUCACGACGGUGUACUUGUCUCUCUGCCUUAGUAAACACUUAAGAAAAAUAAAAACAGCCAUUCGCUGUCUUAAUAAAUAAAAUUGCAACAAAGGGAAACAAAGUCUUUUUUGUUGAACCACUACUUCUUCACUAAGUCUGCGAAACCAAAAUUGGAAAAGCGAAUUAUACCUGAUCAGGAUUGUAUUCAAAUCCACCUUUUGGAACAAAAUCGUGCUAUGAGAAAAAUUAAAACUGUUCGUUUUUUACGAAUAUUCAAGUUUAGAUAAUCAUUUCAGAUUUUUGUCUCAGCUUUUCGUAAAACCAGCAGGGAGCACAAAACAGGCAGCAUUGUAGCGCUAAAUCAAAAUCCUAUAUUGAUCAAGUAUUAGUAAUAUUUUGCAGAAAUCGGAGAAUCACCAAUAAUUAAAAAAUUACAAAAAUUUCGAUUAAAGAUUAACUUGUAGAGAGAUCAUCUAAAGGCAUUACAAUAACACUCGCAGCAAAGACCAAAAGAACUAUAUGCUUUGCGAGGACAUUUUAAACAUGCCCGUGCCGCCUCUAGCGGCCGAAACUGUGUUAUGGUUUGAAUUCCUAUUGGAUCCGACUUUGAUAACCAAACACUUAAAGAAAGUUAAUCCGGAGCCGUCUGCUUUGGAAUUGAUGUCGCAAUUUAUAUCCAUGACCCCGGAUACAAUUCUGCCACAACAAUUCAAUGUAACCCCUACUAGUGAGUCUUUAGCGGCUGUCUCAAGUUCAUCAACACCGGUUCCAUCAAAUGAGGGGUUGUUUUUAACCCAUAAGCAAAUGGCCUUAAAGGUGUUGGCUUUAAAAGUGGCUACAUGGCUAAAAUGGAAUUUAGAUGUUUUGGAGAAAAAUUUGCCGAUACCCAAGCAGUUAUUUUUGCUAAGGGACUUAUGUACAUUGAGUUUCGGCAAAAAAGUUGGCAUCCCCCUAAGUGCAGAUUUUCAAACGAAAAUUACUAACGAAGGUAAUGAAAAAGCAGCACGUUUCGCUUUAACUUUCUAUCAUCGUUGGGUGCUGCGAUUGCAAAUACUCAAAGAUAUAGCUUUAAAAUCUGCUCGACCAAGCCUGGGUAAUAUGUUCGUUCCGUUGGAACCCAUGCAUCAAUUCUUUGCUCCAGAAAUACCGCCGCAAGCUAGCAUAGAGUAUCUACAGGAACUAUGUAAAUCCAAUGAAUCUUUUUAUAUAUUCACAUACGACACUUUUGUUCCUUUACAUCCAAACGAUGACAAUCAACAUAUGACUCAAAAAUUUGAGAAUAUGUUGAAAAUCUCUUUAGCGGAAUUAAGAACCCAAAUCUACUUUGAUUUGGUGAAUUUUUAUUUAUACACCAAACAAUAUCAUUUGGCCCGUGAGGCAGUCAGUGAAUGUCGUCGUAAUUUAAAUUUGGCCAAAGCAGAAUACGAAAUGUUAGGCAAGACUUCUGCUCAAUUCGUGUUUUGUCACAUUAACGAGCAAGAACUAGAAGGCUACUUAUUGGCAUGUGGCCUGAGUGCAAACACGAAGACAUUAAUGGAGAGAUUCAAUAGAUCGGCUCUAACGCAGUUUAAGGAUAUUGUUGAGAUUCUAAAAUUGGAUAACCGUGAAAGGGAAAUACCGUUGGUUAAUCGUCGUAUCCUAGAAUUGGAUAUAGAAGGUUCUAUAUCACAGGGUAUCUUAAAGGAGUCACGUCAAUUGGAAAUGCAAGUUGCCGCGUUGAAUGUGGUGCGUAGCACAUUCGAUGAAGGGAAUAUUUUUGCUAAUACGGACUUUUUUGAAAAAUACCAGCAAUUAAAUUGCUUUGCUACGCUUGUGGAGUAUAACCAAGACGUUUUACCUUAUUCGUCGUUAACAGAGAAAAACAAUUUAAAACAAUUCCUUAUCAAUGUUAUAUUGAAAUAUCAGCAAAAACAAUGGCUUUCUGAACUAAAACGUUUAAGUAUAUUUAGUACAAAAGAAAUAGCAGACUUGGAGAAACAAAUACAAGAAGAGGAAAUACCAACGCCACCACUGGCCCUUUUACAUGAAUGGAAAUUCAAUUCAAAAAUGCUGCGUAUAGAAAUUGGUUCGUUAGAACGCCAACUAAUUUCCUGUACGAAUGCGAAUACAGUACGAAAACUGUUAGUGAAAUUGGCUUCGACAAAUCCUGCUAAGCCUUUAUGGACUGUAAAUCCUAGUUGGGAGAUAGCCACACCGCUUAAAUCGGUGCUAAUGUCUAUGCAAAGAGGUUUUUUACAAGAUUUUGCUUAUGUUUUGCUGGGAAAGGCUCGUGAGCUUACUGCCAAAGGGGAUUUUAUUGGUGCCGUUUCGUUGUUGAGCGUCUUAAAAUCGGAAACACAACGUUCGGAUAUUUCUAAUGCUUCUAUAAUAUCAAAAUUGGGCAAAUUGGUUAACUGGGAAAUAUUGCUGAUACAAAUCACUCAAUGCUUAGAGGAGUGGAAUCGUAAACCAUUGGAUUUGCAAUCUUUGGGCAAUCGUUGCAAGCAAUGCUUAAAUUCAUUACAAAGCAAUGAUAACAUCAUACCUAGAAUAGAGAUAAUUGAGAACUGCGCUGUAAUGCUUUUAAAUUUAAAUGAAUGGAAUUCUUUAAUGUUCCUGGAUAAGCGUUUACCGCAAUUGGAAUUACCCAUAACCUUUGCGGCUACUUUCCUCGAUAUGGAGAAAAUGAAGGGCUCUAAAAAAAUAUGCCGCGAUGCUUGGGACUUAGUCUUAACUAUGUUCCUAAACAACAACGCAAAACGUGGGAACAGUGGUAACAAUGCAGGUGGCGGCGGUAAUCCAUCUACUUCGGCUGUUGGAGGCGGCAGUGGUGGUAGUUCUAGGAAUUCCCCUUGCCUGGCAAUUUCAACUGGCUUACAACCAUUCUUCAAGAAAAUACGUCAUCAAAUGGUCUUCAAUUUAGCAAUAUCAUUGCUAAGUAAAAUACAUAAUCUGCUAAAAGAUGAUCCUAAUUAUGAUCUAAACGGUGAAUAUAUGCAGUUAUGGCCUACAACAGUAAAUAAUCCCUUAUCGAGCUAUAAUAUUAGAGCAGUAGGUGAGACUUUGCACUGGUUAUUAACAGAAGCCCUAAAAUACUAUCCUCAAACUAUUGCUUGGCUUAAAAUGAAAGCCAUAGGAAACAAUGAGGCUGCCAUGAGAUGUUAUGUUAAUGCGUUAAUUACUGGCACUGAAUAUUGCACUGUACCAUUGCAACGUAGUAUAGCGGAUGAUUAUAUUAUACGAAAAAUGAUUCGUUGCUCUUCCAACUUAGGUUGUCAUAUGCAAGCUACUGUAUUAUGUCAGUUUCUCGAGGAAAUUGAUUACGCUAUCGUUUUCAAAAACCUUACCGAGAAAUCCUCAAACUUCACAGACGCUAUGGAUGCCUAUUACAAUUGUAUUUGGGAUACUACGCUUUUAGAAUUUAUAAUUAAUUUACACGCGAAGAAAGGAGAGCAUAGUCGUAAAUUAGAAGCUGUUGCUAUUAUGGGUACUUUGGAGUUAAACGCUAACAAUAAUGAAGAGAUCAAACGUGAGGCAGCCGCAAUACGUAAAUCGAGAUUUUUACGAGCAUUAGCUAAACAGUAUUUGCUUUAGGAUUUUUUUAAUAUG